AUGUGGAGUAUUGCGUGGACGUUGUCCACCGGGGCGGCUUCAAGUGGCGCACCUGGCGCCGCUUCUCAGAUUUCGACCAGCUGCACGCCGCGCUUGCUGCAGAUUCGGGCGACAUCAGUUUCCGACUGCCGGCUCCGCCGCAGAAGUCGUACCUCCCGCCUCAGCUGCAGGGCAUCUCCAGCGUGUUCUGCGACCACCGGCACCGGGAGCUGCAGGCGUACCUUGACGAGGUGA